AAAGUCCCGUUUUGUCUUCAAUCCUGCGUAAAGCCUCUGAAGUACGCGAUCGCUGUUAAUGACCUUGGCACCGAAUACGUACACAGAUACGUUGGCAAAGAGCCGAGCGGACUGAGAUUCAACAAAUUGUUCCUUAACGAAGAUGACAAACCUCACAAUCCUAUGGUGAACGCUGGAGCGAUUGUGAUCACCUCCUUGAUCAAGCAAGGAGCUAAUAAUGCAGAGAAAUUUGACUAUGUGAUGCAGUUCAUGAAUAAGAUGGCCGGAAAUGAAUAUGUUGGAUUCAGUAAUGCCACGUUCCAGUCCGAAAGAGAAAGUGGAGACCGAAACUUUGCUAUAGGCUAUUAUCUAAAAGAGAAGAAGUGUUUUCCAGAAGGUACAGAUAUGGUUGGCAUCCUGGACUUCUACUUUCAGCUGUGCUCCAUUGAAGUGACCUGCGAGUCGGCCAGUGUAAUGGCAGCAACCCUGGCAAAUGGUGGAUUCUGCCCGAUCACCGGCGAGAGGGUCCUAAGUCCCGAAGCCGUUCGGAACACCCUCAGUUUGAUGCAUUCCUGCGGCAUGUAUGAUUUCUCAGGACAGUUCGCCUUUCACGUCGGCCUUCCUGCAAAGUCGGGGGUCGCUGGCGGCAUUAUCUUGGUGGUCCCUAAUGUGAUGGGGAUGAUGUGCUGGUCGCCUCCUCUGGACAAGAUGGGCAACAGUGUGAAAGGGAUCCACUUCUGCCACGAACUGGUUUCUCUGUGCAAUUUCCAUAAUUAUGACAACUUGCGGCACUUUGCAAAGAAGCUCGAUCCUCGCCGAGAAGGGGGUGAUCAGCAGCAUUCCUUUGGACCGUUGGACUGUGAAAGCCUACAGCUCGAGCUUGCGUUAAAAGAAACUGUGUGGAAAAAAGUGUCACCUGAGUCCGACGAGGACAUCUCCACCACUGUAGUAUAUAGAAUGGAAAGUCGGGGAGAGCAGAACUAA